UAUGAGCGCUAAAAAGAAUACAAAUUAAUUUGAGAAGGAUUCAGAAGAGGAAUAAAUCAAAAAAAAGGUUAAGAAAAAUGAAGAGUAAAAGAAAAAUAAUGAAUAGAAUUCUGAUGAAUUUGAAAUUGACUCAGAAUUAGAGGAAGAUGAAGAAAUUGAAGAAGAUGGUAAUUAAUUCUAAUAAUUGUUUAGGUAUCUAAACCUCUUCGCAUUCCAGCAUAGAUUUAUAAGCUUAUUUAUAAUAAAGAGACUAAAUUCCUGAUAGUGAUGAUGAUGAAGAAGAAGAAGAAGAUAAUGAUAAUAAACAAAAUCAAAAGAAAAAAACUCAACUUAAAUAACAAAAAGUAUCUAAAAAAUAGUAGGAUGAUGAUGAAGAUGAUGAAGAUGAUGAUGAUGUUGAAGAUGAAGAUGAUGAAGAAGAAGUAGAUGAUGAAGAUGAAGAUGAAAAUGAAAAUGAAAAACCACCUUAAAAGAAAUAAAAAGUUUAAUAAUAAUAGAAAUAAAAAAAAUAAAGAUGAU